UUUAUUUACAUCAGGUUGAGUCAAACCCGUUUGUCGGAGAAAAGCUGUGAGGAUUUGUCGUCAGUCCUCAGCUCUGAGUCCUCGAGCCUCAGAGACCUGGACCUGAGUAAGAACGACCUGCAGGACUCAGGAGUGGAGCUGCUGUCUGCUGGACUCAAGAAUCCACACUGUGCCCUGGAGACGCUUAGUCUCUCAGGUUGUAUGGUCUCUGUAGAAGGCUGUUCUUCUCUGGCUGCCUCCCUGACCUCUAACCCUACCCACCUGAGAGAACUGGAUCUGAGUUACAAUCAUCCAGGAGUUGUAGGAGACAAGCUCCUGUCUGCUGGACUGAAGGACCCACACUGGAGGCUGGAGAAACUCCGACUGGAACACAUUGGCGAACAGAGACUUAAACCUGGUCUGAAGAAGUAUGCUUGUGACCUCACAGUCGACAUGAACACCGUGCACAGGAAACUGAAACUGUCCAAUGACAACAGGACAACAACGUCGGUGCUGGACACUCAGUCGUAUCCCGAUCAUCCUCACAGAUUCCACUCUUGGCCUCAGCUGCUCUGCAGCGACACUCUGAGCGCUCGCUGUUACUGGGAGGUGGAGUGGGCGGGGCGAGUGAAUGUGGCGGUGACAUACAAAGGACUGUGUCGGCGGGAAGAGAGCGCCGCCUCGCGGUUGGGACGAAACAACCAGUCCUGGAGUCUGAUCUGCUCCGAUGUGGACGGUUACUGUGUGUGGCACGAUCACAAGAGGCAGACGUGUCCUCUCCCACCCUCACCCUCUCACAAAGUAGCUGUGUAUUUGGACUGUCCUGCCGGGACUCUGUCCUUCUACAGCGUGUCUGGGGACGCGCUGAUCCACCUACACACCUUCAACACCAAGUUCACCGAGCCGCUCUACCCGGGGUUCGGGUUUGCGUACGAAUGGCCUGGUUCUUCUGUGACUCUGUGUUCAGUGUAGCAGGGAUCUACGUGACAUGUAUGUCACCGAGGUUUUCUGAUGUGGUUGUGUUUGUAAAAACCAGUUCAGGUGAAUCCACCAACAUGCUUUUAAUCCACAUGCAAGAAUGAAUAGCAGUUGGUGGUUUUUGUUCCUAUUGGUGUUUUUUGUAUAUAGAUAAAAACUGUGCUUCCAUUCAAUCAAAACCAAGGUAUUGACUUGUUUUCUUUUUUUGAUAUCGGAGAGUCUUUGGUACUUUUACGUUUCUCACACAACAGGACCGUGAUCAGGUGUUGGUGAUAAAUAGCUUUAUAAAUUGAAAGGUUGAAAUUAUAGUUUUUAUUUGGGUGAUACUGACUUCUUAUUAUCCAGUAGAGUGUCUGAU